GAGUUUUAAUACUUUCAACACUACUAUAUAACAAAUUAUUUGAGCAUGGGAGAAGAUGAGAGUGUUUACAGACAGAUAGUGCACCCGCUAGCUCAGCAGACCUUGAAAAACGAGUGCACUAAACUAACAGACUUCACCAAAAUAAUCCACGAUUUCCUGAAUUCACUAAGCAGUAUUUAUGACACUGCUGGGACAAGCAUUGUCAAGCUUGUCGAAGAGAACAAGAAGAAAAUAGCAGAGGUCACUCGAGAAAAUUUACAAUAUCCGAACACAACACUGACGGCUUGGUUAGGACUAUUAGAGAACUUCAAAGAGGAGGGAACCUUACACAGCAAGUUUGCGGGGGAUAUAAAGAAUGAGACUGUGGUGACUCUUCAAGAACAGAGAAACCAUGUUAAAGAGUCUGUUAAGAGGAUAUACGGGUUUAGAGACGGUAUCAGUGCGUCAUCUGUCAGGGAGGCAGAGCAGAGGGACAAGGGCCAGAAAGACUACUCUGGUUUGUGGGGCAAGUACAAGGCUCAGUUGAAUAGUGGAACGACAAAGAAAGGCUCAAUAAUGCCGACAUACACAGCUUACAACAGCUAUCUACUGCAACUAACCUACUCUAACGGGAUGAACAAAAGUGCACUUGAUGUACAGUUACCUAAUCUAAUGCAGGAGCUUGAAGCAGUGGAACACAACCUUCACAAUUUCCUUGUGUCAGUACUGAGCUACACAUUCAGCAGACAGGACCACCAUUUUAACGAGUGUAGAGAUAUUGUCAGUAACUCCUCUAACACCAUUCAGAACAUCGACCCUGCCUUGGACGUAGCUAAGUUAGGAGAGAGUCUAGUGUUACCCCCAGAAGUACACCCCAUCUAUCUGGACAAGGAGUUCAUUCCGGCUGAUACUGAAGAUUCAGGAAUUCCUAAGGACAUCAGUAACGGGUAUCUGGCUAAAGAAGAAUACACUGCCCAUACACUAAGUAAAAAGUACAAGAGAACAAAGAAAGAUUUGAGUAACUUGGAUGUGGAAGUUAAAAAAAGGAACAAGGAUUUGGACGCUUUAAGUAAACUUCUGUCUACGUAUCAAGAAAAUCCCACCUACGGUAAGGCGUCUGACAUAGAAGUGCAAAUGUCAACUUUAAGGAACGAGUUAAGAAUGCUGGAGAUGUCGAGAUUCGGUUUGUCUUCUCAGUUAAGACUGCUGGAGGAGUCUGGGGUUGUGAACAGUGGCUCACUUUCUGAUGACGAGGACAAUAAAAGUAUCAACAGCAUUAUAGAACAAGGUGAACAUGAGUGGGUUCAACUCAGCAUGACGGAGAUGAAGUCAUGUGAUCAUUGUCAAAAACCCACGAUGUUACAGCGGGUUUACCAGUGCAACAAAUGUAAAGUUAACGUACACAACGGCUGCAGAACUAAAGUAUUUGACUGCGUCGGACAGCCGCUAGUUGAACAGACUGCUGACAAAGUAUCUAAAAUCAGAGAUACAAUUAUGAAAGGAGCUGGAGGUAUUUUCAGUCGAGGGCAUCCUAACAAGAAAGGUGGACAAGGGUCAAUCAAGCUGAGUUUUCUACGAAAUUUGAAUAACAAGUCGUUUGAAGAAGAAGAAGAAGAAGAAGAAGAUCAGUGUAAACAGCAAGCUCCAGACUCUGGUAUAAGUGACGGAAGAGACCAGACCCUUAGCGCAGAAUGGUGGACUUUGCAGAAAGGUGCUCAGGCUCCAAACCUCGCGGACUUCGCCAGUGAUGACGAUGAUGUAGAAGAUGUGUACGAUAAUAUAGAAGAAAUCAACAAAGAGAGCAUUCCAUCUGACGAGUCAGAAGAGGAGGAAGAGAUAAAAGCUCCCAUGAUAAUCAGACAGUCAGAUCAGCACCAGAGGAGACCACCCCUAGCUCCUCCCAAACCUCCUGAGAUAGUGCGACCAGACUUUCCUCCUGAAGAAGUGAACUUACUAGUGCAGAAUCCUAUAGUUGAAGGUUCGUUGUACGUGUGUGUGGCACUGUACGAGUAUAAAGACCUGGAACACAGCAGUGAAGCGUGGUGCGCGCCCGGGUUUAGAGUAGAUGUUGUAGAGGAGACGAAUGAGGACUGGCACAAGGGGGUGUGCAACGGGCAGACGGGAUAUUUCCCCAGCAACUAUUUAGAGAAGAUUCCAGAGAGAGGGGCUGUGUUGCGCUGUUUGUAUGACUACCAGGCCCAACGUCCUGAUGAGCUCACCAUAUCUGCUGGACAGGUGAUAUUUCGUCUAGAAGAUCAGAACAACGGAUGGAUCUACGGGAGGAUCCGAACUAACAGAGGCCUCUUCCCUGCUUCCUACGUGGAGGAGUUAGUAGACUUCAAGUAGAUUACUGAUAGAGAUAAUAUAAGGUUUAUCAGAUACAGGGAUCAGCCGACUGCUUUUAAUUAGCUGUUUAGCUGCGCGAGGGACCUUAUAGAGAGUUUAUUUUGUUUUAUUUCACUUUCAGAUGCAUAUAUCACAUGACAUAACAGGGGAAGAUUCAUUAUUUGCUUUAAACUUUUGAUAAUAUUAAUUAAUUCAACAAUAUUUUAUAGCGACAAAUCACCUAGGGUGUAUUCUGCAUGAUAUUUUUAUAUGUAUAUCUUUUUAUGACAACACUAGGGCUAUGGAAGUGCAUGAAUUUCUUAUCAUUUACCUGGAAAUUUGACCAAAUCAAUGACGAAAUGAUAUUAUCAGAGUUAUUAAAAUACGAAUUGCAUGACCUCCAUCAUCAUAUGACUGUUAAUAUGUAAUUAUGAAUUUAGCUUUGGACUUCUUCAAUUAGGGAUACACAGAUGACAUGGUAUAGAAUUGGAAUGGCACUUAUUAAGAGAGAUUGUAGGAUUGAUAUGGAGAAACAUUUAGGCUCGAAUCAGAAACUUUUGAAAAUUAAUCAGCUUUUGGUUUGAAAUUGCGUGAUUUUGCAUAUAUUUUGGAUAUAUUAUGAUGUAUGGAAUUCCUAUGAACGUGGCGGUGUUUUCCUUGAUUCCUUGAUUGUUAACUACUACAAUGCUAAUUGAAAUUGUAUGAUAUGUUUUCUGAUUUUGUUUGACAAUACAUGUUUUGUACGAUAAUAUAACUUCUAAUUUCAAAUAAAGUUAAUUUCAGUUA